CCAUGGCAGAUUUGCAUCCGUGAUUGCAGUGGGUGCCAUGUUGGCGUAGGUACAAGAGCCAGUUGGAGUAGAAAGGAAUGGAAACAAACGAUAAUCGGUCCACUAAUUGUUACUGCGCUAAUCUGCAUGUGAUUGCUAGAUUUCUAUUCCGAAUCACGCAUAUCUCGUCACAGUCCACCAUCUUCACUGGUGGCGAGUAUGAUUUUGGAGACGUACAGCUUUCUGCAGUCUUUGUGGGUUCAGAUGACUGCUGAAAGAGGGUGAGUGCGACAGAAUUACUGCUUCGGUAAGAUAAUGGAUUGAAGAUCAUGUUCAUUAGAAACUGUAGUGGAGCAGCUGCAGUUAGCGGCGACUGGGCAAAUCUCAAAGCCAUGCGAAUUGCAAUCGGGUUAUUCAGUUGGGGUUUGUGAGCCGUGAAUUCUUUGUCUCGCCGAGUGUCUCUCUCUCUUUAAUGGAUCAAGAAAUGACACAGAAAAGGUGUCGUUGGAGAAACACGUACCGAAACCCGCUGGCGCAGGUCAUCAUUUUGGGGCUGAUUUGCUUCUUGUUGCCGGGCAUGUUCAAUGCUAUCAACGGCCUUGGUGCAGUUGGCAAGGCAGAUGCAACUAUCACUGACAACGCGAACACUGCUCUUGCAGUCACAUUCGCAGUCUGCUCUAUACUUGCAGGGGGUUUUUUUAAUUUGGUCGGGCAUCGAGUCUUGCUCAUCCUGGGUGGCUUCACAUAUAUCCUCUACAUUGGCUCGUACCUUUCAUACAAUACUGUCUUUGUCAUCAGCGCAGGAGCAAUCUUGGGUGUUGGGGCGGGGUUUUUAUGGACUGCACAAGGAGCGAUCAUGCUCUCGUAUCCUGAGGAGGAGAACAAAGGCUUAUACAUCAGCAUCUUCUGGACGAUUUUCAACUGCGGUGCCAUCAUCGGCUCCGUUGUCUCCUUGGCAAUCGAAUGGCACAACGACAACAACCACGUCUCCAACGAAACUUACAUUGCUUUUAUGGUUAUAAUGGGAGUGGGGACUUCACUCACGGUUCUGCUGUUGCCGCCUAGCCAAAUCCAACGCAGGGAUGGGUCCCAAUUAAUUGCCAAAACCCAAUCUACUAGUGUCUCGGCUGAGGUCAUGGCCAUCCUCAAGCUCUUCAAGGACUGGAAAAUGCUCUGCCUUAUACCAAUGUUCUUUUCUUCUAAUUGGUUCUACACUUAUCAAUUCAACGCUGUGAACGGUGGGGGAGUGUUCACUACCAGGACACGCGGCAUGAAUGGCACACUCUACUGGAUUGCCCAAUUGAUUGGGUCCUUUUUAAUGGGGCGUCUGCUUGACUACAAACAUGCUGAAAGACGGAAACGGGCAGUUUGUGGGCUAAGCAUCCUGUUUGUUGCAACCAUGGCGAUUUGGGGUGGUGGGUGGGCAUUUCAGGAUACAUUCACAAGGGCGUCAGCCAAAACUUUAGAUGUGUCAACCAAGAUUGAUUUGAGCGAUUCAAGACGAUAUGCGGGUCCAGUGGUCUUGUACACCCUUUAUGGUUCGUUUGAUGCUAUGUGGCAGACGUAUUGCUACUGGCUCAUGGGAGCUCUCACGAAUGAAACCGAAGUUGCAGCUCGGUUGACAGGGUUUUAUAAAGCAAUACAAAACGCAGGAGCUGCGUGUGCUGGACAAGUGGACGCGAAGAAGGUAUCGUAUGCAGUGGAACUGCUCAUCAACUGGGUGUUGUUAAUUCUAGGAAUCAUUGUUGCCAUUCCGGUUGCAUUGUCGUUGAAGGACACUUUGAAAACCAUCACAGCGAAGGACUUGGAAGACACUGGCGAGAUGGAGAGUCAAGCUCCCGUUCCAGUUUCGACCUGGAAAGUGGAUAAAUGACAUAGGAGGAUUUGUUGAAUAAUGUCGGAAAGCUUUAAAGCCAGUUUGAAAAUGCGAUGUGAUCGUUGAAUUGUGCCCUUCACAAUAAGCAAAAUCAAAACAACGAGUAUCACUUUCCAAGUACUUCGUACACAUAUUCCAAGUACUUCCAACAAAUUUUCAGUGGCGUGUGUACUAGAAAGUUUCUUCCACGUUGGCUUCUUCAUCGUUGUACAUUAUAUUUUUCUGCUUCUAAACCUUAAUGACCAAACUCCUCAUCUUCUAAUUGAUUAGAGAUCUGAGAUUAUGGAUUGAAGAGUUCAGCUGCUUUGAGCCAGAAGUAACAUAACACAUUGCUAAAUCAAAGUAGCCAUCUUCAUUUUCUUCUUGCGGUGAAACUAUGAACACAACGGGGAUGCGAGUAGCCUGGAAACUAGUUGUAGACUUUUCCUUGAUGGAAGUCCAACAGAAAGUCUGAUUUCAUAGCAGUUGUGGGACCAUAUCUGUCUGCUUCGCAAAUUGAUGACGUUAGCUUUUGGCAACCCA